ACCACCACCACCAUCAUCAAAACUGUUAACACAGCGGCGGCGGCGGCGGCAAACGUCACCCUCCGGCCACGGCGUCCACCUAAAGGGAUGGUUUUCUCGGCAGAGCAGCUCUUCACCGUCUACCUUCUUCACUCGUGCUGAGCGGGAUUUUUGGGCUCUCCGGGUUCGGGCUGGGAGCACCUACAUGACUACGCGGAGCGGGAGAGCGGCUACACCAUGCGAGCACAAAUUGAAGUGAUACCAUGCAAAAUUUGUGGCGAUAAGUCGUCUGGGAUCCACUACGGAGUCAUCACGUGUGAAGGCUGCAAGGGAUUCUUUAGGAGGAGCCAGCAGAACAAUGCCUCGUACUCCUGCCCGAGGCAGAGAAACUGUUUAAUUGACAGAACCAACAGAAACCGUUGCCAGCACUGCCGACUGCAGAAGUGUCUUGCCCUAGGAAUGUCAAGAGAUGCUGUGAAGUUCGGGAGGAUGUCCAAGAAGCAGAGAGACAGCCUGUAUGCUGAGGUGCAGAAGCACCAGCAGCGGCUGCAGGAGCAGCGGCCGCAGCAGGGCGGGGAGGCCGAGGCCCUCGCCCGGGUGUACGGCGGCGGCCUCAGCAACGGCCUCGGCGCCCUGAACAACGAGGCCAGCGGCGCGUACGCCAAUGGACCCGUCAUCGACCUGCCCAAGUCCGAGGGAUACUACAACGUGGAUUCCGGCCAGCCGUCCCCCGAUCAGUCAGGACUUGACAUGACUGGGAUCAAGCAGAUAAAGCAAGAACCUAUCUAUGACCUCACAUCCGUACCCAACCUGUUUACCUAUAGCUCUUUCAACAACGGGCAGUUAGCACCAGGGAUAACAAUGAGUGAAAUCGAUCGAAUUGCACAGAACAUCAUUAAGUCCCAUUUGGAGACAUGUCAGUACACCAUGGAGGAGCUACACCAGCUGGCCUGGCAGACCCAUACCUAUGAAGAAAUUAAAGCGUAUCAAAGCAAGUCCAGGGAAGCACUGUGGCAGCAAUGUGCCAUCCAGAUAACUCACGCCAUCCAGUAUGUGGUAGAGUUUGCAAAGCGAAUAACAGGCUUCAUGGAACUCUGUCAAAAUGAUCAAAUCCUACUUCUUAAGUCAGGUUGCUUGGAAGUGGUUUUAGUAAGAAUGUGUCGUGCCUUCAACCCAUUAAACAACACUGUUCUGUUUGAAGGAAAAUAUGGAGGAAUGCAGAUGUUCAAGGCCUUAGGUUCUGAUGACUUAGUGAAUGAAGCAUUUGACUUUGCAAAGAAUUUGUGUUCCUUGCAGCUGACUGAGGAAGAGAUUGCUUUGUUUUCCUCUGCUGUUCUGAUAUCUCCAGACCGAGCCUGGCUGAUAGAACCAAGGAAGGUCCAGAAGCUUCAGGAAAAAAUUUAUUUUGCACUUCAACAUGUGAUUCAGAAGAAUCACCUGGAUGAUGAGACCUUGGCGAAGCUAAUAGCCAAGAUACCAACCAUCACAGCAGUUUGCAACUUGCACGGGGAGAAGCUGCAGGUAUUUAAGCAAUCGCAUCCAGACAUAGUGAAUACACUCUUUCCUCCGUUGUACAAGGAGCUCUUUAAUCCUGACUGUGCCACCGUCUGCAAGUGAAGGCGACAAGCGAACUGUCUCAUAGUCGUGGAAUGCAUCACCAUUAAGACAAAAGCAAUGUGUUCAUGAAGACUUAAGAAAAAUGUCACUACUGCAACAUUAGGAAUGUCCUGCACUUAAUAGAAUUAUUUUUCACCGCUACAGUUUGAAGAAUGUAAAUAUGCACCUGAGUGGGGCUCUUUUAUUUGUUUGUUUGUUUUUGAAAUGACCAUAAAUAUACAAAUAUAGGACACUGGGUGUUAUCUUUUUUUAAUUUUAUUCAGGUAUGUUUGGGGAAACAACUGUUUAUAGAAUUUUAUUGUAGAUAUAUACAAGAACAGAGCAGUACUUUACAUGAUUACUUUUCCUGUUGAUUGUUCAAAUAUAAUUUAAGAAAACUCCACUUAAUAGGCUUACUGAUUUCUAUGUUUUUAGAUAGGCGAUGCAUGUGUAAAUUUGUAGCUGUCUUGGAAAGCACUGUGCAGGUAUGUGAUAAGUAUAUAAUAUCUGAGAAUAUUAUAUAUGACUAUUACUUAUACACACACAUGCACUGUGGCUUAAAAUAUCAUACCUACUAGCAAAGGAGGUUCAGUCAGGCGCUCUUAUGUUAUUUACCUUCUGUGUUAUAUGUUACCUUUAUGUUAGACAAUCAGGAUUUUGUUUUUCCAGCCAGAGUUUUCAUCUGCAGUCAAUAGCAGAAUGGUACCAAUUCAGAAAUAAGUCGACAAAGGAAUAAAUAUAACGCAUGACCUCUAUAGAAAAACUCUGUUUCAAUCAAUGACAUCAAAGCCUUGUCAAGAUGGUACAUAUUGGGGAAAAAAAUAAUAAUAACUAUUUUGAGCCAUUUUCCUGUUUUAAGAAUUAGGCCACAGAAAACAUUGUGGAGUCCAGGGCCUUUUUGACCAAACGACAGAUAUAUCCUAUUUUUCAUCAGGACACAAAAACCACCUUUUUUUCUUUGAAUUUCAAGUUGUGAGAGAAACUUGAUUUUGGUGCUUAUUGUAUCUUCAACAGAGAAAUACAGCCGGUAGAUUAUGACCACCAGCAAUUUUUUCUAAAAAAAAUUAGAGUAAAAGAGUAAAUCAGAACCCAGGGUCCUAAUACCAUUUCAUGUAAACAUUUUAUCUCUUUUGCAAAGAAGUAGAAAGAGAACAUACAAAGCAAAGAAGUAGUUCUUUAUGUUCAUUCUCUUUAAUAAGUUUGUUAGAAAAAAAGCAGCAAUAAAUAAAGGGGGAGGCAGGACUUUCUAUGUUCUUCUAGUCUGGGACCUCUAAUUUUUUCAACUCAAAAAUGCUAUAUUAUAAAAAUAUAGCAAAACAUUGAUAGAUUAGAAUAAAAGAUCUGUGUUAUUCUACAGAACGAAUGCACCCCAAAGCCAAAACCAUUUCUGGUGCCGUUUGAAAUUGCAUCAUCCAUCUACCCUGGGGUUAUUCUUUUAGCAACUUUUAAAAGUACAGAAUGCCAGAGGUGAGAUCAGGAUUAGACAACUUGGAUUUCCUAAUACAAGAUCUCACUUCCCCACUUGCCCUCCAAUCAAAGUGAUCACCAGAAAAACAUAAAUCCCAAGGAGUUUGUUCUGCCUGUGUUCUGGAGGCCUUAUGACUUUAGUCUCAUUUGACCCCAAAUAAGAGUUUUUAAAAGGGAUCUAGAGAGGAGGUUUGUGUAUAAGACAGGGAAAAUUAUGAUCUGUAAGUGUAGCCUGGCCAUCAACUCAUGAAGACCUGCCCUUAUCUCCUUGUCUAACACACACACACACACACACACACACACAUACACACACACACACACACACAAAAUGCACACCUGCUUUGUGAAGUUUCCAUCAAUGGAAACUGAUUUUUUUUAAUCUCUUACGCUCUCCUGAAGUUGGAUGGUUGACAGCCAUCUCCAAGAUGCCACAGCACUGCUCAAUGAUGAUCAAACAGUAGUGUUCAUCUUGUCUUUUAGAAAACAGAGCCUUUUCCCACCUCAUGAUUGAUGAAUUCCAAACCAAUGGAGAAAAAAGGCUUUAAAAUAAUGAAUCCCUUUUUCAACUACUGUUAUAUUCAAUUAAUUUAACUACACUGAACCCAAUUACCUUCAGCGUCUAAGAAGACAGCUGUAGACUGCUUACUAUGCUGCUACAGGGACUCAAUUCUUUUCGGUGUAAAUGUCACUCCUGUUAGCUCUUUGUAUAAAGAAUUAAUUCCAAGAGUCAUAUUUCCUUCUAAUGGAAAGAUUACUUUACUGAUUGCUAGGAAAACAGGGUAAUGGAAGGCACUCAAUUAAACCAAGCUGUUUCCAAAUGCAAUGUAUGUUUUAUGAUUGGCUUGUGAUAGGCAAUGCUUAAUGUGUCUGCUUGGCGUUUCCCUUUGAGCUUUGAACUUAUGUCAAACUUUGCUUUCAUUGUUCAGUUGGACUAGUGUUUCCUAUUGUCAGCCUGUAAUUCCUGCUCAGUUGCAAAGGGAACCAUUUGUUUCCUCCAAUUUACCUUAGAGGAUUUAAAUUGACUCAAUUGAUGAAGUGGCUGAGAAUUUUCCCUUCCUUGUCCCAUGGGUGAUGUAGGAAAAAGAUUGUUCCCCACAUCUGCCUCAGGAGGUCCUGGAUUUGAAUUUGUGUUGUUUCCACUGGUGCAAUCAUGUCAUUGGGACGGCAUGAACCUUUUGAAGCUAGGGGACAGGAAACAGCUAACAACUGAACCAGAGCAAAACAGUGGAAACCAGUAGCACUCAGCCCCUUGCAGUUGAGGAAAGAGAUUUCCAAUUUUUGCCACAGUUGCCAGAUCUGUCCCUUGACAGACAGCCAAGUCAUGUGUUCAGUGGUAACAAAGUACCUUUAAAAGCUGCCCUUUGAAUGUCUCCUGUGACUACCUCUGGAGGUAUUUUGAAAUUUUGGUUAACAACUUUCUUGACCACACGCAACCUUUGUCCCUUCCCCAUGAAGACUCACGGGUGUUUGCAACACAUUCAUGAUAAGGUGUGCGCUGGAAGAAAGGACCCAGGAUCUGUGCUUUUCACUUCCUGCUUCGUAAAUGACAAUCACUGCUUGAUGCAGAUGUUGCACUGCUUCCACUCAGGGAUGUUUUGUUUUGUUUUGUUUUUAAAAAACAAGGUGCACCAAGAAGGAGGGGAAAAACAGGAAAAUGACCACAAAAUGUAAAUGGCGCAAAUUAAACAUGCCAAUGAGAGAACCACUCUGACAAGGCUUUCAGACCAAUGAGGGGUAACUUCAUGCUGUAAGCUGAAUUUACUUCUGUGUUUGGACUUGCUGAAAAAUUGCUCAUGAGUAAGAACAACUUAGCUUCAUUUUCUAAAAUCUCCUAAGAGCCAAAUGAUCCAGUUGCCCCAUUUAUAGGAAUAUGUAUCUCCCAGAGAACCCAAGCUUCCUAUACAAGUCCUAUACAAGUCAGUGGCAUUCACCACCUGACAAAGGAGGAGACUUGUGGUCUGUGAAAAGAAAGGCAAGUUUUUGAGGGAACAUAGGAGAAUAAGGAAUUCUACAUCUGGCCUAACAUCUCAUCUCUAUCCCAACUGUCUGUGACUCUGGUCCUCUUUGUAUUCCUUUUUCUGCAGCUCUUUUACCCCCCCAAAGAUUGAAAACUGAGGGUGGAGAUGUAUUUGACAAACAUACCCUUUCUGGAUUUCCCUUAUUUUAAAAGUGUCUUCAGGACUUUGGACCACUCAGUAGGUAAAAACAGACAAUACAGGGGUCUCAGGUAAUCAGAUUUCUUUGAUAGAAUCUAAGAGACUCUGGAUGUUAACAGUAGGUGCCAGUAGGCAUUAGUUCAUGUCCUAUCACAGUUGCCUGCUCAACACACAACUUCCCAGCAGUCAAGCUAAACUGCUUGUAGAAAACUUCGCACAUGGAUAGUCAAUUCACGCUCACUCUCUAUAGUCCCAUGUGUACCAGACUUGACUGCAAAAGCAAUCUUAUGUCCCAAGGACACAACUUAACAGCUUUUUUCAAAGUCAUCAAUCAGAUGCAAAUUAUGUCAGUUUCAUUCUGUUUUUGUUUCCAUUUAUCAUAGAAGCAAGGAAAAAUUCUACUGCUAUUGGAAAUUAGAAGAAAUAACAUUUUCCUGAUUCCUUUCUCUCUGGAAGCUACUACAAUUGGCAGUAAGUUCAGACAAGGGCAUCUGUGCCCUGACAGAACCACCGUUCAAGAGAACAGCAAUAACUUGAAAGUGUGCAUCUGUAGUGACACUCUGCACAGAGUCCCCUCUAACGAGAGCGGAAGUCCCACCAUCUGCUUUAGAUGAAGUGGUAUUUGAUUUUCUGUUCCCAACUGCUAAUCCAAACAGCAAUCUGAUAUGGGCAGCCACGUGUGUCUUUAGACAAGAGCUGGCAUCCUUUUGGGGUUGGUGGUAGGGGAGUAUCUCAGGACCAGAGAAACAUGUUUGUUUAAAGCUAAGGUUAAAAAUUCAACAGUCUAAGAGGGCCAGGGAGUUGAUGCAAAUGAGUGAAGCAGUCUGGUGGGAAGCUAGCAAGGAUAUGCCCCAAUGAAAAGGGGCAUCCAAGAGUCUAAAGUUUCUAAAUCUUAUGCAAUCUCUUGAGUCGUAAAUGUCAGUUGAUUCAAGGCUUAGUGCAGACCAAACAAACAUGUCUCAGGGCAGAAGGCAGUCACAAGCCCUGAAAAUCCAAUCUCGGGGCCUAUCUGACUGGAGCAAGUCCGACCAGAUACAACUCUGGGUGACAUUAGAGUCGGGUUCAGGGGCAAGAGGUCUUGCUCUUCUGACACUUAAUUUGAUUUCCAUAUUUGACUAGAGGAUAUAGUAACAGGUCGGCUUUAAAAAUGGCAAACAAUCUGAAAAUGAAAAUAAUUUCAUGAUGGCUUAUAAAAGACACUCUGUUUUGCCCAAACUUUCAGCUUCAUAGAGUCAGGUGAUUGGAUUUCUUGCCACUUUCUUGUUCUGGAAGUCCAAUGCACAAUUUUUAUGCUUUUGAGUCUUGGUGUGCGUCUUUAAAUGUGCGGUUUCAUAAUCUGCAAGUUCUUAUUUUUCCCUUGGUUGUGUCUAAAGAAUGUAUUCCACAGUCACGGUAACGUAGUCCUCCAUUGUUCUGAAGUGAGGGACUAUGGAUUUCUUUGCAGCCGAUAGGGGUGGUCUGUUCGUGCACUUUUUUCCUUAGCUGUUGAAAUUCCUCCGAAGCGAACUGGCCAUAGUAAUCUUUCUUUGCCUCCGGCGUGACUGUAAGCACGACCUCCAGUGGAGCAGACAGAGCAGCUGAGUGAUGGUUCUUACCGCCAAAAAUAAAGCACAAGGUGACUGAGAUUGAAUAGACCCGGCUGGGGGAAGCGCAGGGGCUGUGCGCCCCCGCUGGGCAGCGUGAUCCUCCUGUUAAACCACACUCUUCAGGCAGUGGAAACCACACUCUUCAGGCAGUGGCUGAUGGAGGGCAGAGGCCUGCCUGGGUCAUGACCGAACACAGACACACACUAGUGUCAGAGAAGCUCCGGACCACACCCCCAAGACGGUACCGUCUGCUUCAUCUGAUUCACACACACACACACACACACACACACAGGAAUGAAAACUACACCUAUAGAAAAUUGAGUAUGUAUUGUAGAAAUGUAGAGGAAAAUAAAAAUAUUUUUUCAGAUGUAAUUACUUUUAAUAUAUGCUUGUGGAAGGUCUAAUAUGAUGUAUGCUGUCUCUGUAAUUUUUGCUGUAAAUAACUGGAGACAGUGAAUACACUGAUUUUUAUAUGUCUCUGUUUAAGCAUAAGACUUUGUAACGAUUUUUUUAGAGGGGGAAAAACCAACAAAGAGCGAAUAUGUACUUGCUUCCUUUCUGCGUGUUACGUACUCCUCAGAAACUGGUUGUAAUGGUUUAAGCAUCUUGAUGGGUCAUUGGUGUUAAGUGUACGCUUCCUUUUGUAAGACAGCUGAGAAAGGGACAGGGCUGUCAAUGAAAUCUGCUCCAAAGAAUCUGUAUUGAAGAUUUCCCUAAGACCUGUAAACUCUAUCUAAACCAGACAACAUGAAAAAGGAAAAUUUUUUAAAAAAGAAAAAAAAAAAUGUUGCCUGAGUAAGUCCUCUUUCCUCGUAGCAAACGGCUUAGUCCAUAUCCUUUCUGCACGGAAUAGCUUAAGGAAAACAAACUCUGCUUUCUGAUGAACAAAAUAUUUUUGUACACAUUUAUUUCGUAUUAAUAACCUAAGGUCAGAUCACUCAUUUGCUGAAGCCAUAACUGACCUUUACCAAAUAAAUGUUGUCAAGAACCUGGGGAGGGUGGGGGGAAACUGAGAGGGCGGAAAGUUGAAGGUGUCAUGAGCUGUAACAAGACAGGCAGGAGCAAGUCUGAUGCGUCUGAUGCUUUUCCUGCAUCCCAAACACAACUUUAAAAGGCUAAUAUUUUAUGAUGAUCGAUUUAUAAUAAAAAAAAAGAUAUUUAGAUUUAAAUGAGACUUUCCAAUAUUUUUGAAAUCCCUGACAAUAAUUCCUUGCUUUUAGGAUUGAGAGAAAUAAUUUUCAUGUACUUCCAACAUUCAGAGAUUUAAUGUUUUUACCUGAGCUCCAGCCCACACGUGUCAAGUAGAGAGCAGAGCUCCGAGUCCUCCAACGUUGAAACCAUGUGGUUUGGGGCUUGGCUGUACCUACCAACCACCACUGCACCUGGAAUGUGCAGCUUGAAUCUCUUACUAGCACGCGUGUCAUUGCUAGCAACGCAUACAACCUGCAUUGCCAGACUAUGUAAAAUAAAAGUAUUCACUCUAAAAAGCAUAAUAAUUAUUCUUUUUUUAAAGAAAUAAUGCCUCCUAGAGACUUUGAUUUUUCUGGAGCUUAACUUACAUUAUUACAUGCAUUAUUAUUGGCUGAUAGGGGCAAAAGGCAAACUACAAAUAAACCCAGUGACAUAUGUAGUUUUUAAAUCUACAGUUUUCUGAUCUCUCUCUCCUUGUUUAAUACGUAAGCCCUAAUUUCUGUGUAUGUGAGUAAAACUGCAGCCUGAGUCAUUUAGGAAGUAAGCAUUGAGUUUUUUAUUAUAAAUAUACUAGAAUAAAACAGCACUCCCUAACAAUUAAAAAAAAGAGUUUUAUAUUACUUUAGAAUGUAAUAGGUUUUUGUCCUUAUUUUAUGUCCUGUAAAUUAUUAGUUGAAUACUGUUAGCAUUCCCUGGAUAAUGCACACAUGAUUUCUGAAUGUUUUCUGUAAAUGACAAUCAAUGUUUAUGAAGUUCCCUCCUUUAAUGCUGAACAAAAUUAAAAGAAGAAAAAGGAAAAAA